CGCAAUUCGAAAGUUUGGGCACAAUCUCCGUUUGCACCGAUGAACGAUGCGGCGUCGGGAUGGCGGGUGGAAAUCACGCAGGAAAUGCGCACAGGGAAGAUCACGGAGAUGUUUGUCGAACUCCUUCGUUUGUCCGGAGAGAGCGACCGGCAAAAGGUGUGGCAGUCUGCUGCCAAGUUUGAACUGAAUUUGUGGAUGCAGUGCACCGAUAAGAUGACGUACUGGACGAAACUCGAGAAAAAAGUGGCGGGACUAAAGAAGAAACAAGCUCCGUCCGACGCUGCGCCUGCUUCGAUUCAACAGCCGUCAUCGAUCCCAACCCCCGCGCCUGCUCAAUACGCAAAUCCCAUGGCAGCUGCACCUAACAUGCAGUACAAUCAAGCCAUGUUGAUGCAGCAGGCUGAACUGCUAAAAAAACAGCAAGAGCAGCAACAACUGGCUGCACUCAAUCUUGCACGGCAACAGCAGGCGCAACACGCCCAGGCUGUCGCUGCAGCCCAGGCCCAAGCAAAGGCUGCGACCGAAAAACAGCAGCUCCAAGAACAGCAGAGACUGCAUGCCUUGAACCUGGCGAGACAACAGCAGCAGCAAUCGGCCGCGCGAGCGGCUGCCGCCGCCGUCCCCGUAGUCCCUCCAAGCACACCCCUCAUGGCCGGCCAAACGCAGGUGCUCCAUCAACUACAACAGCAGUUCCAGCAACAGAAACAAGCUGUGCUCACGACACAGCACAACGAACUCCAGCGCUUACGACAGGCCCAGCUCGUCGAGCAGAGCCAACUGACCAGCAUGCACUCGACGCAAAAUACGCCUCCCGAGACACGUCGCCUUCAAGUUGCCCAGCUGCAGCAGCAACACAUUCUUGCCCAAAACAAACUGAGCCAGGAGCACAAGGCCAAGACGGAAGAGCUGCUGCGACGCCACCAGCAGAUCCUGACGGCCAAGCUCCACGCGAACGCCGCGACGUCUCCACCGGUGGCCGCACCCACAACGAUCCCACCGCAAAACCAAGUCACGAACGCCCAAGUCGAAGCAGCCAAUGCCGCCCAGGUCCGCGCCCGUGCGCUAGCACGCCAGAAUUCGUUACUCCAGCAAAAUACCUCGGCGGUGGCUCCUGCGACACCAGCAGCCCCCGCCGCAGUGCCAGUGGCGGCGGCCACUCCGUCACCAGUCGCCGACUCCCAGACGAACGCGUAUUGGGAAAAGCUGAAGCAACUCAAAGCCAAGUACUGGAACGAUUUGGAACUGGCCCAGCGUGAGUUUACCAGGCUUGUGGCUCAGAAACCUGCGGCAGGCGCGACCGGCGCCGCCGCGCAACAGGCUGUUCAAACCCACGAACGAUUCAAGAUGUUUCUUCAAAAUAUCAAGCGCAUCACGAACUUGCUGUCGCAGGACCCGUCGAAAACAACGACAAACAGCAUCGAAGUGCUGGCGAAGGUCGAGCAGCACAUUGAGCGCCAGGUUCUGCCUGCGGUUCUCCGCGUCAAUACCGACAUGGCGAAAAAGGGCGAGAACAAGGUCGAGCUGUCAAAGCCACCAACCACCAGCACACCGUCCAAGGCUGCGGCGGUCGACACGGCGCAGCGCCAAGCCGCGACGGCGAUGCAAAGCGCAGCCCCAGUCGAUGCGGUGAGCCCGAAGCCAUCUCGACUACCUCCGCGACGCCUCACGAAUUCGUAGGCCCGAGAAUUGCAAUUGAAAAAGACCGAGCAAGUCAAAGCUGAACACGCAGCGCGAGCAACAUCUCAAGCGGCUGCAGCGCUCAAGACCGAGCGCGAGCGCAAGGAAGCCGAGACCAAGGCGUUGGCUGAAACGUUGAAACUGCAUGCCAACAAGGACGUGGUGCUCACGCCAGCCCAGCGAACGUCGUUGGAAGACCAAGCCAGACGACUCAGUGUCCAAGCGAAGGACCUGGUCAAGCAACAGGCCUGCGUGACGUCGCCGACCAGUCGAGCGGCUCUGGGCCAGCAAGCCAUCCUGUGCAAUGAGGAAGUUGCACGCAUAUCCCAGCACCUGGCGCAGUCGAAAGCAGCCGAAGUGCGGCAACGACAGGGAGACUUGAAAAAGUUUGCGUCGAUUGUCCAGCCACUCCCUGCCGCGACGUCAGUAUCCGAUCGGCUUUUGCAUGCUGUACGUACAUACGCGCGCGAAAAGCCCGAAGUGCUGGCGCAAGCGGUCCCUACCUUCGCCGAGCUCAGUCUUGCGAUCGGUGCGACCAUCGCCACGAGCUUUGACUAGACCGCUUGUAAGAACGCCCAACGAGGUCGUUGCCUCUACUCUGC